AUGGAGCCUACAACAGAAGAAUUGGAAAAAUUCAAAAAUUCGUGGAAUGUCUUAGUUCAAGAGAAUAUAAGUAGUGCAGAUUACUAUUUUAACUCUUAUGCUCACUUUGGAAUACAUGAGGAAAUGCUCAAGGAUUCUGUAAGAACUGGAUCCUACCAGAAAGCUAUAAUGACUAAUAGACAUAUUUUUGAAAAUAAGAUUGUCUUAGAUAUUGGUAGUGGAACUGGUAUAUUGUGUAUGUUUGCAGCUACAGCUGGUGCUAAGCAUGUUUAUGGUAUUGAAUGCUCUGAAAUAAUCGAUGUAGCAAAAUAUAUUAUUAAAGAUAAUAAACUAGAAGAUCGAAUUACAUUUAUUCAAUGUAAAGCUGAGGAAGCGGUUUUACCUGUAGAGAAAGUUGAUAUUAUUAUUUCGGAAUGGAUGGGAUAUUUACUUUUAUACGAAUCAAUGUUAGAUACUGUUCUAUUAUGCCGUGAUAAGUGGUUAGCAGAAGAUGGAUUAAUUUUCCCAGAUAGAACUCAGAUGUUCAUUGCAGGUAUUGAAGAUGCUGAAUAUAAACAAGAGAAACUGGAUUAUUGGAAUAAUGUAUAUGGAUUCAACUACAAAUAUGUUAGGAAUUGUAUUAUGGAGGAACCUAUUGUAGAUACAGUUAAUGAUAAUGCUGUAAAUACUAAUUCUUUUUGCAUUUUAGAUCUAGACCUAUAUACUUGCACAAAGAAUGACUUAGAGUUUGCAUCACCCUUCUACUUAACUGUUAAAAGAAAGGAUUUUGUACAUGCAUUUAUCGUAUGGUUUGAUGUAAUCUUUAGUUCAGGUCAUAAACCUGUAAGCUUUACCACUGGACCUUUUGGUAAAUAUACGCAUUGGAAACAAUGUGUAUUCUACAUAGAAGAUGACUUAGUAUGCAGUGUAGGAGAUGUAAUAUCUGGUAUAUUUGCACUCAGAAAAAACCCUAAGAAUAUACGAGAUUUAGAUGUUAAGAUAAAAUAUUCACUUAAAACAGAUCUAUUCUUUACAGAAAAAACUAAUUUUUAUAGGUUAAGAUAA